AUGCGCCAUGAUUUGACGGCGAGUUUGCCCGUCGCGCCUCGGGCUUCCCGGCAGUGGGUUCCCGGUUCCCAAGAAUACAUCAGACAGGGCACCAUCGCGGUAAAGGAGGAACCAGAACUCCACUACUUCUCGCAGCAACGGCUCGGCGACAUCAACGAAGACACUUGCUCAGGGCGGGAGGAAAACACGCCAGGGUUACCAAGCCCUGUGCCCGAGGUCGGCAUUGAUCCGAGCAAGUCGGUCGUCGGGUGUAAGAGAUGUCUGAAGAACACGCUAGUCAACAUUGUUGACCUCAUCGAUACACGGCGCCAGGCAAACAAGUCGUGGUACGGGUCAGCUUUAAAGAGUUCCGCGCCUAUGCCCUCCAAGACAUGA